ACACGAGCCUUCCCUUUCAUUCUUUUAUGAUUCUUCACUCAAUUUCAUUAGAAGCUGCUUCUGAGAUAAAAAUAUCAGCUUUUGUAGUUCACACUCUAGUUGCUUCUGCAAAAUGGUAGGAAGUGUUGAUGUUCUAGCUCAUGAUUCCAGCAUUAAUGGAACAAUGAAACAGUGGCCUGAAGAUUUCAAUUCCAUGACGAUUAUGAGAGAUCAUGUGACACUCACAAUUGGAGAGAAUGGCAUUGGCAAUGGGGUUGUUCAGAAUGGUACAGAAAAUGGAGAAAGAAAGAUAGUGCUUGGAAGAAAUAUUCACACCACGUGCCUUGAAGUCACUGAGCCUGAUAUAGAUGAUGAGGUUACUGGGGAAAGGGAAGCUUAUAUGGCAGGCGUGUUGGCUAAAUACAAAAAAUCUCUGACUGAAAGGACCAACUAUCAUUUAGGAUACCCCUAUAAUUUGAAUUUUGACUAUGAUGCACUCUCUCAGCUUCAGCAUUUUUCCAUCAACAACCUGGGGGAUCCCUUCAUUGAAAGCAAUUAUGGUGUCCACUCUAGGCAGUUUGAGGUUGGUGUUUUGGACUGGUUCGCGCGGUUGUGGGAACUCGAGAAAGAUGAGUAUUGGGGCUAUAUAACAAACUGUGGCACAGAAGGCAAUCUCCAUGGCAUCCUAGUGGGGAGAGAGGUUUUCCCUGAUGGGAUUUUAUAUGCCUCACAGGAAUCACAUUAUUCUGUUUUCAAAGCUGCUAGAAUGUACAGAAUGGAAUGUGUGAAGAUUAACACUCUUUGGUCUGGUGAGAUUGAUUGUGAUGAUUUUAAGGCCAAGCUUCUUUGUCACAAGGACAAGCCAGCAAUUGUGAAUGUGAACAUAGGUACAACUGUGAAGGGAGCAGUGGAUGAUCUUGAUCUGGUAAUAAAGAAACUAGAAGAGGCAGGAUUUUCACAAGACAGGUUCUAUAUCCAUUGUGAUGGGGCUUUGUUUGGUCUCAUGCUGCCUUUUGUCAAACGUGCUCCAAAAAUUUCAUUCAAGAAACCAAUUGGUAGUGUGAGUGUCUCAGGCCACAAAUUCGUGGGGUGCCCCAUGCCCUGUGGCGUGCAGAUAACACGGUUGGAGCACGUCAACGCUCUUUCCAGAAACGUCGAAUACCUGGCUUCAAGGGACGCCACAAUCAUGGGAAGCAGGAACGGGCACGCCCCCAUAUUCCUCUGGUACAGCCUCAACAUGAAAGGCUACAGAGGCUUCCAGAAAGAGGUGCAAAAGUGUUUGAGGAAUGCACACUACUUCAAAGAUCGCCUUGUGGAUGCUGGCAUUGGAGCGAUGCUGAAUGAGCUCAGCAGCACCGUUGUGUUUGAGAGGCCUCACGAUGAAGGGUUUGUGCACAAGUGGCAGCUUGCGUGCCAAGGAAACGUUGCACAUGUUGUGGUGAUGCCUAAUGUCACCAUUGAGAAACUUGAUGAUUUUCUCAAUGAGCUUGUGCAGAAGCGUGCUGUGUGGUUUAGAGAUGGGAACUGUCAACCCUAUUGUAUAGCUUCUGAUGUAGGACAGGAAAAUUGCCUCUGUGCUCUGCACAGGUAACUUGUGUGUAAUUAAGUAACUAUAUUUGUAAUGUGUUUUUUUGAGUGUUUGUGGCUUCUGUCUUCAUUGAUCAGUGUUAUGAUUGCUAAAAUAAAAACUGAUGGAUAAAAACUGCUAAAAGUCACUUGUUGGUUUAGAAAUGUUUCUAUCUGA